AUGAGUCGGCGUGUGGUUCGGCAGAGCAAGUUCCGCCAUGUGUUUGGUCAGGCGGCAAAGGCAGAUCAAAACUAUGAGGACAUCCGAGUGUCCAAGGUCACAUGGGACAGCUCCUUCUGUGCCGUCAAUCCCAAAUUCCUGGCCAUUAUCGUGGAGGCUGGAGGUGGGGGUGCUUUCAUCGUCCUGACUCUGGCUAAGACAGGGCGAGUGGAUAAGAACUACCCACUGGUCACAGGGCACACUGCCCCCGUGCUAGAUAUCGACUGGUGCCCGCACAAUGACAACGUCAUCGCCAGUGCCUCAGAUGAUACCACCAUCAUGGUGUGGCAGAUUCCAGACUACACCCCCGUGCGCAACAUCACAGAGCCCAUCAUCACACUCGAGGGCCACUCCAAGCGCGUGGGCAUCAUUACCUGGCAUCCCACUGCCCGCAACGUCCUGCUCAGUGCAGGCGGUGACAAUGUGAUUAUUAUCUGGAACGUGGGCACCGGGGAGGUGCUGCUGAGCCUGGACGACAUGCACCCCGACGUCAUCCACAGCGUGUGCUGGAACAGCAACGGCAGCCUGCUUGCCACCACCUGUAAGGACAAGACCCUACGCAUCAUAGACCCUCGAAAGGGCCAAGUGGUGGCGGAGAGGUUUGCAGCCCACGAGGGGAUGAGGCCCAUGCGGGCCGUCUUCACACGUCAGGGUCACAUCUUCACCACGGGCUUCACCCGCAUGAGCCAGCGAGAGCUGGGCCUAUGGGACCCGAACAACUUUGAGGAGCCAGUGGCAUUACAAGAGAUGGACACAAGCAAUGGGGUCCUACUGCCCUUCUACGAUCCCGACUCCAGCAUCGUCUACUUGUGUGGCAAGGGCGACAGCAGCAUUCGGUACUUUGAAAUUACCGACGAGCCGCCUUUCGUGCAUUACCUGAACACGUUCAGCAGCAAGGAGCCGCAGAGAGGAAUGGGUUUCAUGCCUAAGCGAGGUCUGGACGUCAGCAAGUGCGAGAUCGCCCGGUUCUACAAGCUGCAUGAAAGAAAGUGUGAACCAAUCAUCAUGACUGUGCCCCGCAAGUCAGAUCUGUUCCAGGACGACCUCUACCCAGACACACCAGGCCCGGAGCCAGCCUUGGAAGCAGACGAGUGGGUGUCGGGCCAGGACGCGGAGCCAGUUCUUAUCUCACUGAGGGACGGCUAUGUGCCCCCCAAACACCGUGAGCUCCGCGUCACCAAGCGCAACAUUCUGGACGUCCGCCCACCCUCAGGUCCCCGACGCAGCCAGUCAGCCAGCGACGCCCCCCUGUCGCAGCAGCACACUCUGGAGACGCUGCUGGAAGAAAUCAAGGCCCUUCGCGAGCGAGUGCAGGCCCAAGAGGAGCGCAUCACGUCUUUGGAAAACAUGCUUUGCGAGCUGGUGGACAGUACGGACUAACACUGCAUGCAUGCAGAGGGAAGCUCUCAGGCCAGCGGGCCGGGGUGUGGCGCACGGACUCGGUCACGCCGC